AUGCUCCUUGCUGGGGAACCUGGCACUGUCUUCUGUUCUCCCGGCAGAGUUAGGAAGAAGUACGACAAGAGCGGCAGGCUGAUCUUCAAUGAUGCUGAUCUGUGUGAUUGCUUGGAGAAGAACUGUCUGGGCUGCUUCUACCCUUGUCCCAAGUGCAACUCCAACAAGUGCGGGCCCGAGUGCCGCUGCAACCGACGCUGGGUGUACGAUGACAUUGUCACCGAAUCCGGGGAGGUGGUCAGCUCGCUGCCCUAUCUGGGCAUGGGGAAGAUGCUGGGAAAGUAUACGGAAGACUUCUGUUCUCUGAAGCUGUUAGAACAAUAUAGCAUGAACGUUACUCUGUCCCCUUUUUCUGUGUCUUCCCCAACGCCUUCACCUUGUACCCAGAGAAGGAUGGCUGAGAACAGUUUCAGUGAAGAAGAAGAAGAAAAACUUCAGGCUGCAUUUUCUCUAGAGAAACAAGAUCUUCACCUAGUUCUUGAAAUAAUAUCGUUCAUUUUAGAACAGGCAGUGUAUCACACCGUGAAGCCGGCCACUUUGCAGCAGCAGUUAGAGGCCCUUCAUCUCAGACCAGACAAAGCAGAAGCGUUCGGCAACGCUUGGUCUUCUAUGGGUCAAGAAACUGUUGAAAAAUUCAGGCAGAGGAUUCUUGCACCCCACAAGGUAUGGGAUUCUCCUACCUCCCCGAUGUUUUUCAGUAAGAAUGGCAAACACUGUUGUACCGUGAGGGUUUUAAAGGUGGUAAUGUUUUGUAGAGAGGUAGUCAGGAAAAAGAAAGAGUAGACACAGUAUUCCUAU